AUGCCAUCGAAAAUAAAAGAUUAUGAUCCGAUGUCCGAAGAUGGUUAUGAUAGUAAAAUUCCGUUGCAUAACGACGAAGCAUUUCAACAUGGUAUUCAAUUCAAUGCAAAAUUUAUCGGUUCACUGGAUGUUCCAAAACCCAGUAGUCGCGUGGAAAUUGUAGCAGCAAUGCGACGAAUUAGAUAUGAAUUCAAAGCCAAAAGUGUCAAAAAGCGUAAAGUGAAUUUGUCUGUGUCUGUUGAAGGAAUCAAAGUUUCAUUAUGGAAAAAUAAAAAAAAAUGUUCUUUGAUUGAUGAAAGUAAAUUAAUGAUAAUGCAUUAUCCAAUCUAUCGAGUAUUUUAUGUAUCUCAUGAUAGUCAAGAUUUGAAAAUAUUUAGUUUUAUUGCAAGAGAUAGUGCUAAUAAUGCAUUUCGAUGUAACGUAUUCAAAGCGUAUAAAAAAAAUCAAGCCAUGCGCAUAGUUCGAACAAUUGGUCAAGCAUUUGAAGUUUGUCACAAGUUGGCUAGUCAAACAAAACAAUCAUCGACGAACAGCAGUAGUAAUAGCAAUAACAACAAUGGAGUAACUACGCAAAAACAAUUUAUCUCAGCAAGACCAUCAUUAUGCGAUAAUAAUAAUAAAAAUAAUAACAAUAAUGAUAAUAAUGGUAAAUUGAAUAAACUUGAACGAGAAAAUUUAGCUCCAAAUAUGGAUCCAAUAGAAAAGGCUGAACGUUAUUUACAAAGUGUACAUAUUCCGUCAGUCGAUGUAAAUACACCAUUUAUUUCUGAAUCGUCGAAUGUUAGUUUAAAACAUCAUAUACAAUAUUUAAAUGAACAAUUGGAUCAUAUGCAUGAAGAAAGGGAAUUAGCUGUAACACAAGCAAAACUAAUUGAAGAACAAUUAAUGUUAGAACAAACAGCUAGAAUUGAUGCUCAAAAUAAAAACUCACAAUUACUAACACAAAAUCGGGCAUUACUGACUCAUAUCCAGGAAUUAAUUGUUUAUACACAUGAAUUAGAAAUGAAAUUGGACUAUACGACAAAUAAUGAACUAUUUGAUAGUUUGAAACUCUUUAAAUGUGCUCCUAUGCCAGCACUACUCGCACCUGCAAAACAUCAACGCCCAACCGAUUUAAUGAUACCAUUGUGUUCAUCACCAGACAUAUCUUCGACCGCAAAGGCAAUCGUACAACAACAAAGUGAUUCACCUGACAGCGGUCAUAAAGAAAUGUCAUCUGAAUCCAUAUCAGAAAACGCAGCUACAUUUAAUUGUCGAAUAGAAACCUUAGAUAACACGGCUACCUCAUCAUUAUGGGUUCAUCCGUCAAAAAAUGAUCAACAUAACGGUAUAAAAACAUUUUCAAUUCAUUCGACAAAAUCAUCAGAUAACAGCAACGGUACUUUUAUACCACAGAUAUCAGAAGAGAAGAGAAUUCCGUUUGAACAACACCAGACAUUAACGCAAUCUUACUCGCCGGUAUCAUCUUCUUCCUCUCGUUCGUCAUCAAAAAAAUAUUUUUAUCGAACAAAUAAUAAUAACAAUAAUAAUAAUAAUAAUAAUAAUAAUAAUAAUAGUCAUGACCCCCAUUAUUUCGAUCCAACACCUGAAAUAAAUAUUAACAAUAAUAAUACUAAUAGUAGUUCGAAAACAAAUAGUGGUUCACAUAUUCAUUAUUUAUACGAUUAUGUUCCGGAUUAUAUUAAUAGUCAAGAUUAUUCACAACAGAAACAAUUAAUUAAUCCAAAACAUAACAAUAAAACAUCAUCGUGUUCAUCAUCCUCGUGUUCACCUAUACUAACUCAAACAGCUAAUUUUAUGCCAGUAUCAACAACGAUGACAAAUUCGUGUUUUACUAACACAUGUUUUACAAGUAGUCCAUUACGAACAAUACAAGCUUCAGCGACAAAUGGAUUCAAAGAUUUCGAUCCACUGCAAUAG